AUGGUCACCAGGACAGAGGGUCAAAUUGAUGACUCUCUAAUUGGUGGCAAUGCCUCUGCUGAAGGUCCUGAGGGAGAUGGAACAGAAGCCACGGUCAUAACUGGUGUCGAUAUAGUAAUAAACCACCACCUUCAGGAAACCAGCUUUACAAAAGAAUCCUACAAGAAGUACAUCAAGGACUACAUGAAAGCAAUCAAGGCCAGACUUGAGGAACACAAACCAGAGAGAGUAAAGCCUUUCAUGACAGGGGCUGCGGAACAAAUCAAACACAUCCUUGCUAACUUCAAAAACUAUCAGUUCUUUGUAGGAGAGAACAUGAAUCCAGAUGGCAUGGUGGCUCUCCUGGAUUUCCGUGAGGAUGGUGUGACCCCCUAUAUGAUUUUCUUUAAGGACGGCUUGGAAAUCGAGAAAUGUUAACAAAUCAAACAGUAUGGUUCUGGAUCACCUGUCUUCAUAGCUGGCUGCUGUUUCUUCUUCAUCGGCACAACACCAGGAAUUGGCGAUGUCUAACAACAGGACUGAUGUCAUCUUGAGCUUUGUUCACUGAUUUUUGACCCUGAUUUGGAGUGGAGGCGUUGUUUUAAAAAAGAAAAAAACCAAACAUCUAUCAUGUAGGUUGUCUAAAAUAAAAUUCAUUUAAACCCAUUCUA